AGAAAGAAAUGAUUGUUUGUAUUUUUUCGCUUUCAGUUAAAUUUAAACAUCCAAAAAAUUUUCCUUUCCUAUAAAUCAGCAUUGAAUUAAGAAUAAUGUUAGCAGAUAACAUUGAGUUAUCAGUUAUUCACUUAUGUAUUCUUAUGAUAACACUUGACAUUGUUUUAAAAUAUAAAUAUAACUACAACCAAAGCUAUGUCGGUAGGUAGGUAUACACAUUUAAACGUAAUUUAUUUUAGUCAGUACAGUGUUAGUUAGUUUAGUUUAGUCAGUACAGUUUAUUGGUCUCUGGUGUACACACAGUGAGCGACUAAUAUAGCGCGUGUCUAAUAAAAUUUAAAUAAUGGCAGCCACAAAUGAAAUUGAUAGUUUAGACAAACUGAUUUCAAGUACAUUAACUGGAAAAGAACUAGAAGAAUACAAUAGAAUUCACUAUGGAAGAACGGAUCAUCAUGAGUUACAGAUUACAAAGAAUACUAUCGAACUUGCGAAUAACAAUAAUUUUGAAAUCUCAGCAUAUGACUUUCCAGCAAAAUAUGAAGAAACUAGAAAAUCUCGCAUAGUGAAGGUGGGAAUUAUUCAACAUUCCAUUGUUUUACCGACUGACAGUAAAAUAACGGAACAAAAAUCAAGUAUUUUUGAAAAAAUCGGCGUCAUUAUUUCGGCCGCUGCCAGUGAAGGGGUCAAUAUCAUUUGCUUGCAAGAAGCUUGGAACAUGCCAUUUGCUUUCUGCACAAGAGAAAAUCCAUGGUGUGAAUUUGCAGAACCUGUAAAUGGGCCAAGUACUGUCUUUCUAGCUGAACUAGCAACAAAAUAUUCUAUGGUUAUUGUUUCACCCAUUUUAGAAAGAGACGAAGUUCAUGGUGAUACAAUUUGGAAUACAGCUGUUGUGAUAAAUGAAUUUGGAAAAGUCAUUGGAAAGCACCAAAACCAUAUUCCAAGAGUAGGAGAUUUUAACGAGUCCACAUACUACUUUGAGGGUAAUACAGGACACCCAGUGUUUGACACAACAUAUGGUAAAAUAGCAAUCAACAUCUGCUAUGGACGCCACCAUCCUCUCAACUGGCUCAUGUUUGGCAUCAAUGGAGCAGAGAUAGUAUUUAACCCAUCAGCCACUGUUGCAGGCCUCAGUGAGCAUUUGUGGGGAGUUGAAGCUCGUAAUGCAGCUAUAGCCAACAGCUAUUUCACCUGCGCUAUAAACAGAGUGGGUACUGAAGUAUUUCCAAAUGAAUUCACAUCUGCAGAUGGCAAGCCAGCACACAAAGAUUUUGGUCAUUUCUAUGGGUCAAGCUAUGUCACUGCCCCAGAUGGUGCAAGAACUCCAAGCCUGUCCAGAGUGAAAGAUGGCUUACUGAUAGCCCAAAUGGAUUUAAAUCUCUGCCGCCAGAUAAAAGACAAGUGGGGUUUUACUAUGACACAGAGAUUAGAUCUGUAUGCUAAAAGCUUGCAAAAGGCUGCUGAAAUUGAUUAUGAGCCUCAAGUUGUAAAAAGCCAGUUGUAAAAACAUAUUUUACAUGGUUUUCGGGAUAAUUUGUUUGAGCACUAUUAAGAUUAUAAAUGUUUAUUUUCAUGUUAAUAUUAAAAAUAAGAAGCUUUA